GCAGUAAUAUACAUAGGUCGAUAUAUGGGCCCGGAUCCAGUAUCAGCCUCUGUGCGGUACCUGGAGAGGAUCCGCGUCCUCAAAAUGCUGAUAAAAUUCUUGCAUUUUGACAAAGCUCUGGACAGUAAUCCCCACCCGUACAUGCUAAUAAUUUCCGCAUUGCCAUUGUCCCUCCCUUCCGUGCAUACCCAAGCCAACGCAACGUCGCCGUCGCCACGGCCGCGAGGCCAGCAACCGAGGCAUUCGCCACGCCGCCGGCGUCCGGCCCGUGAGCCGAGCCGCGCCUCUGGCACCGCGGCAUGCCUUACUGGCACAUCUCCUCGCGCGCGUCGAACACCCGCGCCGGCCACUACCGCCGCUCGUCGAAACCUCCGCGGAACACCGCUCGCCGCCGCCGAUGGAGCCCCGCCUCCUCCGCUCCCAUUUGCCUACCGAUCUCGCCUGCCUCCUCAAGACCCGGCCGUUCCACGACCUCCUAUCAGACGCAUCCACCUCCCGCUCCGCACGCCACCUGUUCGACGCGGUUCCCCGCCCGACCGCUGCCCUCUGCAGCACCCUCCUCUCCGCGCUCUCCAAGCUCUCGCUGCACCGAGAGCUCCUAGAGGCCUUCUCAUCGCUGCACCGCAGGGGCGCCGGCGUGCCUCAAGGCUGCGUCCCACUCGUCGUCAAGUCGUGCGCACUCUCGGCAGCAUCGUGCCAGGGCAGGCAGGCGCAUUGUCACGCGCUUGUGCGUGGGCUGCUUGGAGAUGUCUUCGUGCAGACUGCACUGGUGGAUUUCUAUGCCAAGAACAGGGACAUGGCGUCUGCUGUGAGGGUCUUCGAGGAGAUGCCAGUCAAGGACCCGAUACCGAUGAAUUGCUUGAUCACUGGGUAUUCCAAGUCCGGGGAUGUGGACAAAGCAAGAAGGCUGUUUGAUAGUAUGCUGAGGAGGACAUCCGCUUCAUGGAAUUCGAUGAUCGCCUGUUAUGCGCAUGGUGGGGAAUUCCAGGAAGCAUUGAGAUUGUUUGGUCGGAUGUUGAGCGAUGGUGCAAGUCCAAAUGCUAUCACUAUCACAACGGUGUUCUCCAUAUGCGCCAAGAUUGGUGAUCUUGACACUGGAAAGCGAGCAAGGGCUUUGAUCGGAGAGGAGGAUUUGCAAAACGUGAUAGUGCACACCGCUUUAAUGGAGAUGUAUGUCAAGUGCCGUGCUAUCGAUGAGGCGCGUCAGGAGUUUGAUCGGAUGCUACAGAGGGAUGUCGUGGCAUGGAGCACUAUGAUUGCUGGUUAUGCACAGAAUGGAAGACCACAUGAGUCUCUCGAGCUGUUCGAGAGGAUGAAGGCAACCAAUUGCAAGCCAAACGAAGUGACUCUUGUUGGUGUACUGUCUGCAUGCGCGCAGUUGGGUUCUGAUGAACUCGGAGAACAGAUUGGGAAUUACGUCGAGAGCCAAGGACUGCCACUUACCAGCUAUCUUGGAUCCGCUCUGAUCGACAUGUACACCAAGUGCGGGCACGUUGGCAGAGCUCGGGAUGUCUUCAACAGGAUGGAACAAAAGGUGGUCAUCACUUGGAACUCCAUUAUCAGGGGCCUGGCACUGAAUGGCUUCGCAGAAGACGCGAUCACCUUAUACAAAAAGAUGGUAGCUGAUGGUGUUCAGCCCAACGAGAUCACCUUCGUCGCGCUACUGACUGCGUGCACACACGCCGGCCUGGUAGACCAAGGCAUGGCGUUCUUCGAAGAGAUGAAGAGGAAACACCAUGUCUCUCCUCAAGUGGAGCACUGCGCGUGCAUGGUAGACCUCCUUUGCAAAUCCGGAAGGCUGUGGGAAGCCUACAAGUUCAUCUGCGACACGGAGGUCGAGCCGAACGCGGUGAUCUGGAGCACGAUACUCAGCGCCUGCAGAGCGCACGCGGACGUCGAGCUCGCCAAGCUCGCCGCGAACAAGCUCCUGGCCCUGGAGCCUGAGAACUCGUCGAUCUACGUCCUCCUGUCCAACAUCUACGCCGACGCCGAGCUCUGGGGCGACGUGAGGGAGAUCAGGGACCUGAUGAGGAGCAAGAACGUGCAGAAGCUCUCUGCCUACAGCUGGAUAGAGCUGGAUGGCGAGGUGCACAGGUUCCUGGUGCAGGAUACUUAUCACCCGAGGUCGGCUGAGAUCUACGACGUCGUCGACGGACUGGGCUCGCAGCUGGACCGCGUUGGUACUGAGCCCGACUUACUUUCAGAGGUCUGCUGAUCAAAUCGCCAUCGAAUCAAUCAC